AUGGUUCUGUGGAGAUAUUCAAAGCACGGUUGGUUGCAAAAGGAUUUGAGCAGGAACUCAUCCCAUUUUAUCAGCUCUCUCAUCCAGCAUUUACAGCGAGAAUUCCCUUUGAAGGACUUGGGUAGUCUCUCCUUUCUUGGCAUUCAGGUCACACAGACCCCUCAUGGUCUUCACCUCAAUCAAUCCAAGUAUAUUGUUGAUUUGCUGUCUAGAGUCCACAUUGAUGGCUCCAAACUUGCUCCUUCUCCGUGUGGUACAAGAGUGAAGAUGUCUCAUUUUGAUGGUGAUCCCUUGGCAAACCCAACCUUUUACAGACAUGUAGUUGGUGCAUUGCAAUACUGCAUUCUACCUAGACCUGAAAUUGCAUUUUUAGUAAACCAAUUGUGUCAACAUCUUCACUCUCCCAUGUCCACUAAUUGGUCUUCAGUAAAACUUGUGUUAAGGUACCUUAUAGGCACCAUUGGCCAUGGAUUGUUCUAUGCCAAGAGUACUCUUCAACUCCAAGCAUACUGUGAUUCUCAUUGGGCAGGCUGCCUAGAUGACUGUCAAUCCACCUCAGGUUUUGCUGUUUACCUCGGUAACUCCUUUGUCUCUUCGAGUGCUAAGAAACAGCCAGUUGUUUCUUGCUCAAGUACAAAAGUUGAAUACAGGUCCUUAGCUAUCACCACUGCAGAAUUAUAUUGGUUAUGUAUGCUCUUUCAAGAAAUUGGCAUUCCUCUCCCCAUUGCACGAAUUAUUUGGUGUGAUAAUAUUAGUGCUCUUGCACUUGCUUCCAAUUCCGAUAUAUUCACCAAAGGACUCUCCUCGGCCCGGUUUGCUUAUCUCAAGUCCAAGCUUCUGGUCCUGCCUCCCAUCAACUUCAAGGGGGCUGUUAAGGACACAAUCUUACAGCAUGAAGAUUCUGCCAUAUCACCCUAA